AUGUUAUUCCAACCUUAUGAUCAUUCACAAUCAAAUAAUUCAUUAAUGAAUACGGCAAUUAUAGAAUCAAGUUCAUCUUUGAUAGAUUUACUCAAUCAACAAUCACCUGAAACAACAAGUGAAAGUGAUCCAAUACCAAUUAUGCUUAGUGAAACUACAAAACAACGUAUACAACAAAUCCGAAAUCCAGAAUCAAAUGGUAGAGAUAAUGAAAAACUGUCAUCAUUAUUUAAUAUAACUGGUCGUGAACGAAAUACUACAACACCUUUAAAAGAAUGGCUUUAUGAACAUCAAGAUCAUCCAUAUCCAACAGAAAGUGAUAAACAAGAAUUAAUGAAAAAAACAAGUAUGUCUGCAUACCAAAUACAAGUAUGGUUUACAAAUGCUCGUGUACAAAUGCGUAAACAAAGGACAUUCGUUUCGAAAAAACCAGAAAAAACGAAAACGAAAAAGAAAAACGAAAAAGAUAAUUCAAAUGAUGUGGCAGCAACUAUAGAUUUAACAGUAUCAUCUGAUGAUGAAAAAGUUGAAUCACAUAUUGAUUUAUCAAUGUCACUUAAUACACAAGUUCAAUUACAUAUUAAUUCACCAAUUCUAUUAAAUCAUAAACGAUUCGUUUUGGCAUAUUCUUGUUUAUAUGCUUCUGAACUUGUUGAACUUCGUCGUUUCGUAUCGAUGUAUCCUAAUCAAUUAUCCAUAUCUGAUUGCAUUGAUGAUCAUACAACUCAUUUAAUUAUGGGGCGUGAAGAAAAAUCUUUAUUAUGUCCAUUAACAAUGAAAUUAUUUCAAGCAAUAGCCCGUCAUUUAUAUAUCAUGUCAUUUGAAUGGAUUAAUCAAUGUUUGAAACAAAAUGAUAUUAUUAAUGAAAUUAAUUAUGAAAUGCGUGGAGAUAUUCCAUUUGGAGAUUAUCAUGAUGGAAUGAAAAAAAGUCGAUUAUCAAAAGAAGUUAAAUUAUUUGAAAAAUGUCAAUUUUUUAUUUUAUGUGAUGGUUGUCAAGAUAGAAUGUCAAAAGAUGAACUAUCUGCUUUAAUUAAACUAUGUCAUGGUUCAAUUCUUCAUACAUUUCCAUUAAAAGCAACUAAUGAUAAUUCAGCAUUGACUAUUGUUCUCUGUGACAAAUUACUUCCAUUUGAUUCUGCCAGUCAACAACAUUUAUUUCAAUUAUGUCGUUCAAGUGGUGUUCAUUUUCUUAGUCCUGAAUGGAUUAUUGAAUCAAUUGUUCAAUUUACUUUACAAUCAUUUGAUUCUUAUGAAGAAGACUUUUGA